AUGACUCAAUUUGCUCGCAUGCUGCCCGCGUUGUUGAUGCGCACGGAUGUCGUGCUUGAGCUUCGGGAUGCCCGGCUACCUCUCACAAGCAUCAAUCGAAAAUUUGAAGGUGCAUUACAAAGAUGGCGUGCCGAGCGCGUGCGUGUCGCGCCUUCUCCACAGCAGGCCGCAAGCCAGGUCUGUGAGCGUGUUGUCGUCUUCAGCAAGCGCGACCUUGUGCCAGAAUGGGGCAUUGAACCGUUUCGAAAAGCCAUGUCUUCUAAGUUUCCAGAUCAACAUACUCUCUUUGCGUCUUGGAAUAACGCACGGGACAUCAAGUCUCUGAGCAAUUUGCUCGUAAAUAUAGCACAGAAUCACUCCCACGUUCCCGAGCUGAACAUCUUGGUCGUAGGCAUGCCUAACGUCGGCAAAUCAACUCUGCUCAAUGCCUUGAGGAAUGUCGGGAUACCAGGACCAACACCGAAGGCUCUUCGUACCUCGGCACAUCCUGGCCUUACGAGGGCAUUGUCUACCCGUUUGAAGUUAUCCAGUGACCCGCUAGUCUAUGCCUUUGAUACCCCUGGCGUGAUGUUACCGUUCUUCGGCCGUGGCGAGAAAGGCGCUGAAAGGGGCGUCAAGUUGGCAUUGAUCGCGGGUAUCAAGGAAGGGCUGUACGAUAUCGAGGCGCUGGCAACGUACUUGCUCUACCGGCUCAACAUGCUGAACUCGGAAGCCCCGGCAUACCUCCCCCUCCUACCACCCGCUACUCCGCCGACGGUGGACAUCGACGCAUUUCUGGAACUUCUGGCCCAGAGAUUGGGGAUGCUCAAAAAGGGGGGAAUGUCGGACGUCCAGCGCGCUGCAGGAUGGUUUGUCAGGUGGUGGCGCGAAGAGGGCGCUCUUGCUUAUGCAUCCGCGCCCGUGCCGUUGUCUAUCGACUCCCCUUCUUCGCCCCACCGUGCCGGAUGGAGCUUCGAUCUCGAAUGGCAAGUUGAUAGUGCGAGGUCCGAGGACGAAGUGCAGGCCAGGAUGGAAGAUUGCAUCGACGCGUAUAUGAGGGAAAGUGAGCGGGAAGAAGAGGAGGGUGGUGCGAUCAGCUCGACUCAGGAAAAGAAGCGGAUCAGGGAGGCACAGUUAGUAAAAAGGGCAGCAAGGUCUAAAGCUAGGUUGGCGUUCAAGAGGGGAGGCAAUUAA